UUAAGAAGAAUGCCACCAAAGAAGAGACAAUUGUCAACAUCUGAUGAUGCUAGUAAUGAGGAUGCUAGUGCAAAUUUGUUUGAUGGAAUGGUGAUUACAUUGGUUGGAUCAUCAUUUACAACGACACAAGCUGCACUUUAUUCUCAGAUUGAAUCGAUGGGUGCAACAACAGCCAGAUCAAUGUCGGCUCGUGUCACUCACGUGAUCACCACACCAACCGAUUAUAACAAGAAGGGUGCUACGAUCACAAAGGCUAUCGCCAGUAACUUGCCAAUUCUCUCAGAGGAGUACGUCACUGAGUGUUUGGCCAAGAAGACCAAGCUCGACACCAAGGAUUACUUGGUUGCUGCCGCUGCUGCCACUGCCGAGGAGGAAGAAGGGGAAGAGGAAGAGGAGGAGGACGAUGGUGCCACCACUGCCAAGGCCGAGACAAAGAAGACCACCACUACCACUACAACCACAACUACUGCUGCACCUGCAACUAGAAGCACAAGAGCCAAGAAGACAAAGUCCGAGGAAGAGACUCCCGCCGCCAAGAAGGACAAAGAGAUGGAGAAGAAGUUGGCUGAGGUCGACUCUGAUCUCGAAGACGACUCUGACGAAGAGGAGGAAGAGACACAAAAGACCAAAGUACAAAUCAAGGGUAGAUGUGCUGUCGACACCAACUGUUCUCUUGCUGGAUCGUGCCAUGUUUAUGAUGAUGGUACCAAUGUAUACGAUGCCACUCUCAACCAAACUGAGAUCAAGAACAACAACAACAAGUUCUAUAUCAUUCAGUUGUUGGAGUCGGACAAUAGCAAGAACUACUACGUUUGGAACCGUUGGGGUCGUGAGGGACAGGUUGGCCAAUCCAAGGUGUUCUCGCAUGGCACAUCGUUGAGCUCGGCCAUCUCUGACUUCUCAAAGAAGUUCCAAGACAAGACCAAGAACGCAUUCAGCAACCGCGCCAACUUCCACAAAGUUGCCGGCAAGUACGACAUGGUCGAGAUUGACUACACCGUCGACACCAAGGACCACGAUGAGAAGAAGAAGCCAAAGAAGAAGGUCGAGCACAAGGCCGAGUGUUCGCUCGACACCAGAGUGCAGAACUUUAUCAAGCUCAUCUUUGAUCUCAAGAUGAUGAAGAGAACAAUGAUUGAGGCCGAGUUUGAUCUGAAGAAGAUGCCACUUGGCAAGUUGUCCAAGAACCAGAUCAAGAAGGGUUAUGAAGUGCUCAAGGAGAUUGAAGAGGUUAUCAAGCGUGGUGGCAGAGGUGAUCUCACUGCACUCUCCAGCAGAUUCUACACUAUCAUUCCCCACGUGUUUGGUAUGAGAGUACCACCUGUCAUCAACAGUUUUAUUAUGCUCCAGCAGAAGAUGGACAUGUUGGCCAACCUUGCCGAUAUCGAGAUUGCAACCAACCUCAUUAAGGAUACUGAGGAUGAUGAGUCCAACCUUUUGGAGGCCUACUACAAGCAACUGAAGUGCACUAUCAACCCAAUCGACUCACAUAGCGAAGAGUAUGACUUCAUCCAAAAGUACGUCAACAACACGUACCAGGGAUCAAAGAAGCCAACGAUCACCUCGGUGUUCCGCAUCGAGAGAGAGGGUGAGGUGGCCCGUUUCGACAAUGCCAAGCAUCUGGGCAACAGGAAGCUCCUGUGGCACGGCAGUCGUCUCACCAACUUUGUUGGUAUCAUCUCGCAAGGUCUGCGUAUCGCUCCUCCCGAGGCACCCGUGUCUGGUUACCGUUUCGGAAAGGGCAUCUACUUUGCCGACGUCAUGUCGCUGUCGGCCGCCUACUGCAGAACCAGUGGUACCGAUGACUUUUGCAUGUUCUUGGGCGAUGUUGCCCUUGGCAAGACCGCCGAUCUCUACCGUGACACCUACAUGGAGAAGCCACAGCCAGGCUCCAACAGCACCCUUGCGCUGGGCAUGAUCGAGCCAGACCCCAAGAAGGUGCACAAGCACAAGGAUGGCUUUGAGGUGCCACUUGGUGAGAUUGUCAACUCCCCUUACAAGUCCACCUCUUGCAAAGAGCAUCAGUACGUCGUGUACGACGUGUCCCAGGUCAACCUUAGAUACCUGUUGCAGCUCAAG